AAACAUGGCGGCGCGCAUUACCAGGGCUGUGAAACGACUUCUUCCACAGGAGAGCGGUUGGCUCCUGCCCACAGCCUGGCAGUAUACCGAGGCCGGGCGUUAUCACCAUCACUCGGCAGGCUCCUCACCGCGCUACGUACCCCGCAGGGCAGUUCUCUACUGCCCCGGCAAUGAUGAGCGGAAAUUGAGGAAACUGGCCUCUCUGGAUGUCGACUGUGCCGUCUUGGACUGUGAGGAUGGCGUAGCCCUCAGCAAAAAGACAGAGGCCAGGGAGACCAUUCCCAGGAUGUUAGCUGAACUGGACCUGGGCCGGACGGAGAAGUGUGUGAGGGUGAACUCUGUGUCCAGUGGCUUUGCUGAGGCUGACCUGCAGGUCAUCCUGCAGGCUGAAGUUCUCCCUCCUGCCAUCAUGUUGCCUAAAGUGGAAGAGACGCAGGAAGUGCAGUGGUUUGUUGACAGGUUUCAGCACUACUUGAAAGGACGGGCACUGACAGAACCCGUCCGCCUGGUCACCUUUGUGGAAACCGCUGUGGGCCUGCUCAAUUUUAAGGCGGUUUGUGAGGAAAUCCGCCGACUUGCUCCCAAGGCCGGCCUCCACCAUGACGGUGUGGUGUUUGGCUCUGAUGACUUCUGUGCCAGCAUAGGUGCCACACGGACCAAAGAUGCCAGCGAGCUCCUUUACGCGAGGCAGAAGGUGGUUGUGACCACCAAAGCCUUUGGGCUGCAGGCUAUCGACCUGGUCUACAUCGACUACAAAGAUGUGGAGGGGCUGAGGCGACAGGCCAGAGAGGGCGCUCUCAUGGGCUUUACAGGUAAGCAGGUUAUCCACCCGGGGCAGAUCCAAGCUGUGCAGGAGGAGUUCUCCCCCACUCUGGAGAGGGUCCAGUGGGCCAAAGACCUCAUUGCUGCUUUUGACCAACACCAAAAAGAGGGAAAGGGUGCGUUCACCUUCCGCGGCAGCAUGAUCGACAUGCCCUCGGUGAAGCAGGCACAAAACAUCGUAACGCUCUCCGUUGGGAUGCCAGAGAAAUGACACGACUGGUGGGAAGAAUCACAAGUAGCCGCACAACUUGACCCUGACGGGAGACGUCAAAGGGAACAGGAACUCUUGCAGGUUUCAGGACAGUAAUAGCACUUAUGGGUGUUCUAAACUAUGUUGCCGACAUAACUGGAUGGUGUAAAUUGUGGUUUUAAUAAAGGAUUUUUUAAAUUAUUUUUUUUUAUUUGAUUGUUAUCGCAAUUGCAAUUAAGUUUAACUUUUUCUUUGUUGGUCCUUUUUUAUCUGCUCAUGGCGAGUAUUGACAAUUACCGCCUUGUUUGGGCACAUUUUUGGCACACUGUGCAGUGUGUGCGCCAUCAUGUCAUUCUUCAGUAUGUGUGCCCAUGCCUCCCAUCUCUCCUAGGUCAUGAUGAAUGCUCUCCCACCUCCACGGUCCAGGCAGCUGGGUGAAAGGGUAAACAAACACAACAAGCCACUGUUGUGGAUCUAUUCAUAAGGCCCCAGCCUUCCAGUCAGGCCUCAGCCCCCUGCCCAGGGCCUGACUCACAAACAUCAAAGUCUUGCUCACUUGAAAAACACAGAUGGAAGUGCGUAAACUUACGAUUUCGCUUUUUUGUGUCAGCCUCCUCACUAAAGACAUUCAGCUCGCCCUGUGGCAGCCUUGAGCCUACAGUCUUGAUGGAGAAGGCGUGUGGUGUCACACACACACACCAUGACCUGUAAAAAAUAAAUAACAACUAUACAUGCACAUGCUGCGACAGUAUUCUUUAUCUGAACGCUCAUACAACACAAAGAUUUAAACUUGGAUGUUCAGCUAGUGUUCCCAGACUCUCUUCACCUGUUUUUUUUUUGGUUUUUUUGCCAUCAUCCUCAAAAACAGUUUAGUUUUAAAUGGUCACUUUGUACAAAAAGUGAACUCCUCGACAAGUUCAGUAAAGUCGUUUGUUGUGCUGUCACAAAUAAAAGCACAAAGACGCUCUGUGGAGAGCUUGUGCACGUCUGACUUCCAGAGACAGUGAAGUGGGUGUGAUGUUGGAGUGAGACAGAUUAGUGGCCAUGUUGCUCCAGCAGACCAGGACCGAGGCUUUGUCUCUCUGACUGUGGAUGGGAGGAUAAUUGGGGGGGUGUUGAAUGGUUAAUAGUGCCAUUGGUGACCAUGGUAAUGAAAGGCACCAUACCCCACCUCAUCCCCUCAUCUCUCCCUCUCUCACCAGUACUGUAUGAUCUAUUGUGUCUGGGGCAGGACUGUGGUCUGUGCCAGGCCAGGCCAGACAAAAAGAUCGAAACCACUCCUGCGCCCAGCCAAAGACCCCGACAGUAAGCUGUCUCUUUGGCAUUUGGCCACAUAUUUCUCACCCCUGGCUCACUUUUUUUCUGCCAUGAAUUCACAUUGUUUGUUUUCACCCAGUCUUCCAUUUUACCCUUAGGUUGGUAGACAAAACUGUUAUUUAUAACUUUAAUUAAAUAAGUCUACAAACAGUAUUUGGGUAAAGAGCAAUUUGCAGGCUCUGUAGAUCUUUUAAAACAGGCGUUGGACAAGCCACAUCUCACACUGUCAUUCUCCAUUGUGUUGAUUUUGAGUAACCUGUGCUGAUUGCAUGAAUCAACUUUGUCUUGAUUUGGGGUUAUGUCAUUAAAAUGGUAUUCACUGAUUUUAAAUAAACUUAAAACACUGUGAAACGUUCA